CUUUUAAUUUAAAAUUAUGUUAGGCAACGUGUGUUUGUGAGCCGCACCUAUGCGCAAACCUACAGUUAUAUCUAUCUGUAUACAGAAGGCAUCGAUCAACGCUGAUCACGGUUCGCGUGUUUAUGUUUGUGCCGGCCUGGCUUUGUUUAAUCGCAUAAAAAUUUAAUUAUAGCUGAGACUAGGUUUUUAUCCAAGACAAAAUGAAGCUAGUUAAGUUUUUAAUGAAGCUAAGCCAUGAAACGGUGACGAUUGAGUUGAAAAAUGGUACUCAGGUCCAUGGUACCAUCACAGGUGUCGAUGUCGCUAUGAACACACAUUUAAAAGCUGUGAAAAUGACCAUAAAAAACAGAGAUCCUGUCCAAUUGGAUACGCUGAGCAUACGUGGAAAUAAUAUUAGAUAUUACAUUCUACCUGAUUCUCUCCCAUUGGAGACUUUACUCAUUGACGAUACUCCGAAGGCGAAAUCUAAAAAGAAAGACGCUGCAAGAGGAGGCGGUGCGCCGAGAGGCAGGGGAAGAGGUCGUGGUGGAAGAGGACGAGGAAGGGGCAGAGGACGAGCUAGGCGUUAAAUGUUUAUACCUUCACUUCUUUUUUCCAUUACUUACUACUUUUCAUUUACCAUUUAAUUACAUAAUGAUUUUAAAAUAGGAAUUAUAAUUUUUUUUAAGCA